AUGGCCAAAGAAAGUGAAUUUUUCUUCAUUGAUAAUUUUGAUGUUUGCAUUCCUUGCAGUGGUCAUGAGCUUGGUCUUUUUGAUGUUCAGAAAGAGAUCGAAAUUAUACUAAGACGAAAACAUGUUAAUAUAAUUAAUGAGAAAGUGAAAAGGAUUGGACCACAUUUAGACAUAUUUGAAGCUUUUAAGAAACUCCGAAAAGUUCCUACACUGGAAAAAAUUGAUUCAGCUGCCACCUGUAUUCAAAAACUUUUCAAAGGAUGGUAUGAACGUAGUAAACUGAAGAGAAUAAAACUGAAGUUUAUGAAACUAUAUUUCAAAAGAAAGCAAUAUGGAAAGAAAUGGAUAGAAUUGAGCUCCCCAAGUUUUUCAGAGACUGUGGCCGGUUUCCAACACAAAAGGAAAUUAAUACUGCAACAACUCUACUGUUGCAAGAUUCUGGUGCAAGAAACAUAAGCCUUAAUAAGAAUCAAGUAGUCGAACUUGCAUUCAUGUUGUAUCCCCCUGUUGGUCUCAAAUUGAU